UCCAUGGGAUGGGUAUCAGCUUCAUCCAUGGAGCAAACAAGAGAUGAAAAAGGUCUCCAUAUAGUGAUGUUCCCAUGGCUAGCCAUGGGCCACCUCAUACCUUUCUUUCACUUCUCUAAGAUCUUAGCUCAAAAGGGCCAUCAAAUUUCAUUCAUUUCCACUCCAAGAAACCUGGACAGAAUUCCCAAAAUACCCCCUAAACUCUCCCAUAAUAUCAAACUAGUCUCACUCCCCUUUCCAAAAGUGGAAAGUCUGCCAGAACAUGCAGAGUCUUCCAUGGACAUACCUUACCAAAAAGCCCAGUUUCUGAAAAUAGCAUUUGAUCUUCUGGAGCCACUUCUUUUGACUUUUCUUCAAACCUCAACACCAAGGGUUGACUGGAUCAUCUUUGACUAUGCUUCACAUUGGGUACCCUCUCUUGCAUCAAGACUUGGCGUCUCUACUGCUUACUUUAGCCUUUUCACUGCUGCAACACAAGCUUUUCUUGGACCUCCAUCUCUGCUGUUAAAUGCCGGCCAAGUCACGAGAUCAGCAGCUGAGGAUUACUGUCGGGUGCCUGAAUGGGUCCCGUUUAAAUCGGAUAUAGUUUACCGCCUCCACGAGGUAACAAAGUACACCGAAGGUGCGGUCGGGAAUGAAUCAGGCACUUCGGAUACCAUAAGGUUUCUAGCCUCCAUUGAUGGCUGUGAUUUGGUUUUGUUUCGAACGAGUUAUGAAUUUGAACCGGAGUGGUUUGAUCUUGUUUGUGAGCUUUAUCAAAAACCCGUCAUCCCAAUUGGUGUUUUGCCCCCCUCACUCGAAAAUGAUGAUGGGAUUGAUGAAAAUUGGGAUCUUAUUAAGAAAUGGCUAGAUGAACAGCAGGCUAACUCGGUUGUCUAUGUCGCACUUGGAAGUGAGGCAGUUCUGAGUCAAAUCGAACUCAGUGAGUUGGCUUUAGGGUUGGAGCGUUCGGGCUUGCCUUUCUUUUGGGUGAUAAGAAAGUCAAUCACCGAGUCAGCUCAGCUUCCUAACGGUUUUCUCGAGAGGAUCAAGGGUCAUGGGGUUGUUAACAUCGGGUGGGUCCCACAAGUUAGGAUACUAAGCCACUCAUCAAUAGGUGGAUUCUUGACUCAUUGUGGAUGGAACUCCGCAAUUGAAGGGCUCACGUUUGGGCGGGUUUUAAUAUUUUUCCCUGUUAUGAACGACCAAGGUUUGAAUGUGAGAUUAUUGAGUGGAAAAAAAUUGGGAGUAGAGAUUCCUAGAAAUGUGAAAGACGGGUCUUUUACGAGUGACUCAGUUGCUGAGUCAAUUAAAUUAGCUAUGGUGAGUGAAGAAGGGGAGGCAUUGAGGGAAAAUGCAAGAGAAAUGAAAGUGGUGUUUGGAAAUAAGAGCAAGAAUGAUCAUUAUAUUGAUGCUAGUAUAAAUCACUUGGUGAAAAUGAGGAAACCCUGUGUAAUAUAGGGAAGCAAUUUGUAGUUUUUGUGCUGGAUUAUACUCUGUGGCAGUUUACUCUACUUUGUUAUUAGUAAACUUUAGAUAUGGAUAGUUUAAUAAAACUUCAAGUGGGCCAAAAAAAAAAGUUUAAUAAAUCAGUAGCUCUCUAGUCUUUUAUUGGAAAUAAAAAAGUGUUGUUUUAGGUAUCGAAAACGGUUUGCUGCUA